AUGAGGCUGGUCGGUCGCUUUCGCGGCACGAUUGUCCGCCUCGCACAGACAUCGACUAUGUGGACCUUCACCCACUUUACACUUAGAUCGCCAUGCGCUCUCCCAUCUAUCACGCAGUCCUCUUCCUCCUACUCGCAUUGCUUCACGGCUCACGUAUGCGCGUGCGCGUGCGCAGUCUCGGCCCACUCUAGACUCUCAUGGACAUAA